AUGGCUAUGGUUCUGCAUGAUGGGACCGCAGAUGCUCAGAUUAUUCACGAGGCUAAGAUGGCAAAGGGUUUACGGAAUGGGGCUGCCAGCAGUGGGGGCUCGCCUAUGGAGAUUGCCAGCGAUGGGGAUCGCAGCCCUGCGAUUAAAGCCCCAAUGAAGAAGGCGUCUGACGAGCCAGUUCCUAUGAUUGAACCACAGAGGUUGGCGCCAGCAGUGGGAAGGAACUUCCAGGGUCUUCGAUUUGCAGAAGCCAAUGAGAGUGGACAUAUUUGGAUCCUAGCCCAUGAGGAUUGGACAUUGGAAGUGGUUGAUGACUCGAGGCAGGCCCUACACGUUAAGGUCUCUACCGCAGUUUUCCCUUUCCCGGUCUACAUCACCAUAGCCUAUGGGCGGCAUUCUAGAGAGGCGAGACAGGCGCUUUGGGAGAAGUUAGGAGACAUCUCCCUGGCCGUGGAGGGCAGGCCAAGGCUAGUGGGAGGAGACUUCAACAUCUUCCUGACCAAUGAGGAGAGACAGGGGAACUGCCAGUUGAUAGAUCUUAGUUUUGAUUGGCCGAUCUUUACGUGGCACAGACCGGGUCUUUGGGAGAGGUUGGAUCGCAUCUUGAUUGGGGAGCAUUGGACAUCGGUGUUUGCGACGACCAGGGUGACACAUUUGGUGAGAUUUAGCUCUGAUCAUGCUCCGCUGCUGCUCAAGCUUAUUAGGAUCAAGAAGUUCAUAAAGGUCUGGAACAGAGAGGUGUUUGGCAGCAUCCUCCAUAAGCUAAAGGAUGCAGAGAAGGCAGUUCUAGAGGCCCAGACCUUAUUUGAUAGUGACCCGACACCAGUACAUAGAGCCGACUUUAGUAGAGUCUCCGCAGAGCUCAUUGUCACGACCAAGAUGGAGGAAGACUAUUGGAGGCAGAAGGCGGCGGUUAGAUAG